AUAAAUUGCAUAAUAUAAAACAAGUAAAUGAAUAGUUAACUUGUCUCAUUAAAAGAAAUAGCUCUCUUUAGAAAUAGUCUUUCAGAUCUUACUCGAUGUACUAUAUACAUACAUAAAAUGAGUCAAUUAACUUCAAAUGCAAAAAAGUAGGGGGGAAAAAAGAGAGAGAGAGGGUCGUAGGGUCCAACAGAGAAAAGAAAGCAAGUAGAAAUUUGCUGCACCGUUGGUCUCUGCCAGAGUUGACACGGCUUGCAGGUGAUCAGGCCAAACUCAGAAGGGCAAAGAUUUCCUAACUCCUUCCUGUGUGUUGCCUGAUCUUGGCUUUAGUUCCCUUGCCCCUUUCAGAUUCCGUUGUUUCUUCUUGGUCCGGAUCACGGACCCUGGCCCGGCCUCGCCCUGGUCUCGAUUUCUCUCGUCAAAGAAUUGCAGGUUUUAGGAUGGAGAAGUCAGUCCUUUUGCCUCCGGGGACCUCAACCCCGCCCUCUGUCGCCACCAAGUGUCCGAUGGUCGGUACUGCAGCGUCAGGUCACGGUCUCACUCCGCUCGGGACGAACAGCUAACCACAGACUUAACUUUAGGGCAACCAAGCAACCCACCCUGAGGCCAAGCAGCUAGAGGCCUCUGGGAAGAGGAGACCCGCCGGGAAAGGUCUCCCGGAGCAGAGAAUCCGUACCCCGCGCGCGGAAGCCAGAUUCUCUGAGCCCUGCACUGCUGGGGCUCUGUGAUGACUUCCGUGAUCCGCCCGCCGCCAUCUCAGGCGUGCAGGAGCUUUGCGUUUACCCUAGGCCUUCUGGGAAUAGUUGCAAGGAAGUAAUUGUUUCCGGACAUUGAUCUGCGUCUUCUCGGUCGAUUUGAGAAAUAAUUUGUUUUCCUGGGGAGAAGCAAGGUUUAUCUGUGCCGGCAGCUGGGAUUUAUCUUUUCCUUUUAUAGUAGGAAAAAAGAGCAUUUUUAAACCUUUCGGAAAGACGGCCUACUUUAAUUAGAUCAGACUUUAAAAGAGGUUUAGGUUGCCAGAGGGGAAAGUGCUUCUUAUGUGGCCUGGAAGCUCUAUGGUCCAACCCCCACCCCCUCACAGAUGGCUCUGCGAACAUUGACCCUAGAGUCAGAGUCCUGGAGUGCUCCUUCCUUGAUGACACAAAGCCAUCCUAAUUACUGGCAGGUUUGCUGAAGAAUUCCCAGUAUUAAUUUGAUCUGGGAAGAGAGCUAGGGAUUUUCUCAGUCUCAAGGAAAUGCGUUCAGUUAAGCUGAAGGAAAGAAAAUGCUGCUCUCCAGGGAAUGCAGGCUGCUUCUGCCUCAGAACUUCCACAGGAUUGGGAAACAGAGACUCCAGGAAGGCACAAGCAAAACCCUGUGCGCACCAGGACCCAGGAGAAAGGAACAGUGACCCCACAAGAGACUGAGCCAGACUUGCCUACUGCGGUGUAAGUUUUGACAACUAUGCCGGAACCAGCGAAGUCCGCUCCAGCCCCGAAAAAGGGCUCCAAGAAGGCGGUGACCAAGGCGCAGAAGAAGGACGGCAAGAAGCGCAAACGCAGCCGCAAGGAGAGCUACUCCGUGUACGUGUACAAGGUGCUGAAGCAGGUCCACCCGGACACCGGCAUCUCGUCCAAGGCCAUGGGCAUCAUGAACUCUUUCGUCAACGACAUCUUCGAGCGCAUCGCCGGCGAGGCAUCGCGUUUGGCGCAUUACAACAAGCGCUCGACCAUCACAUCCAGGGAGAUCCAGACGGCCGUGCGCCUGCUGCUGCCCGGGGAGCUGGCCAAACACGCGGUGUCUGAGGGCACCAAGGCCGUCACCAAGUACACCAGCGCCAAGUAAAGUUGUCCAUCAAUCGCUCUUAGACCCACCACAAAGGCUCUUUUAAGAGCCACUAAGUUGUCAAUGUAAAAGAACUGUCAACACGUACUCCAACUUUGUUA